AUGGGUGGCCACGGAGGGCUCAACAUCCUCCCUCAGAAGAAGUGGAACGUAUAUCGCGCAGACCGACGCUAUGAGGUGAAGUACGAUGAGCACCGCGAUAUCGAGCGUCGCUUAGAUGACCGUGAUCAACGCAAGCGCCAGCGGCUGGCAGAUUCGCUUGUUGAGCUUAGAAGGCAAUCACAGGCCGUCCGCAACACCGUGACCGACGCGGACGGGCCCGGAGACGACUUUGGUUUCAAACAAAACCGCAGGUCUUCUCGCAGUCGCAACAAUCGCAAAACCUCAUCGGCCACUCUCAUUCGCAGCCGUUCGCCCUCACCUGCGAGGAUAUCUGGCGGCCGCGAUGUAUCGCAAUCGGAGCCUUCUACCGAGGCGCACGAGCGAGACCCGCUUCCGGAGUUCGACAGGAAGCCGUCAGGUGGCCAUAUAAACCUCUUCGAGGAAGCUGAGCGUGAAGCCAACGAGCGGGCGAAGAGACAACGCGAGAGCUUGAUAAAGAGCGGCAGCUACGUGUACAACUCAGCCGCAAAGGGCCCGCGCGCUGUGAGUGUGUACACCGACGACACAUCCGCCACAUUGGUACCGGACUUUAAACCGGUUUCCACGCCGUGGUACAUGAGACAACGGUCGAGCGACGUUGAUGGCAGCGUCGGUGUAGAGCGGCCGCGAGGGCCGCGUUACUGGAAGAGCGUGUCUACGUUCGAUAAUGCAACCGGAUACGACGAAGAAGAGAAGCUUAAGCGUUCAUUCGCAAGCAAGCUCGCGAAUUUCCAGAAGAAGCAUAGCCUUACCAACGAUUGA